AUGGAAGAAGACAAGCGCACCGAGGAAGACGUUGUCAUGGAUGACGCCCAGUCUGAGGAGGAGCAAACUGAUAACCAAUCUGAAAAUGCCGAAGACGAGGUCAUCGUGAGCGCUGAUAAGAUGGAAAUCAUCGCCGGUGCAACGGGUGACCAGACCGCAAUGACAUUUUGCUUCAAGGAGGAAGAUCACACUCUUGGCAACUCGCUUCGACAUAUGAUCAACAAAAACCCUCAAGUUGACUUUUGUGGUUACUCUAUUCCCCAUCCUUCUGAAGCCAAGAUGCAUAUGCGUAUUCAAACUACCAAGCGUACAAAUGCCGUUGAUGCUUUGAAGAAGGGCAUGGAUGAUUUGACCGAAUUGUGUGAAUACAUCAAGGAAGCUUACAUGGCCGAGCUUGCCAAUUACGACACUUCCAUGGAUUAG